GUGAAAUUGACGACAGAACGAGCGUAGGCUACACCAAUUUUUUACGCCUUGUAGCGCUCAGAGAACAAUGAGCGACCCUCCAAAAGCAGACAACCUCCCAGGUGGCGGUCAAUAUGAAGCGCCAAAACCCCCGCCAAAGCAAAAUCCGGUCUUCCGCAUGAUGGGCAUGCCUAAUUUCCGAUUCAGAUUACCGUCACGAAACUGGAUGAUCUUUCUCACCAUAACCGGAGGCUGGACCGCAGCUGUCCUCUACGACAAGCGGGAGAAGAAGAGGGUGCAGAAAAAAUGGUGCGACCUGGUAGCUCACAUCGCUCAAGAGCCGUUACCCAUCAAUCAGAUGCCUCGAAAAUUGACCGUGUUCCUGUCCGCUCCACCCGGAGACGGAAUCAGCCCGUCCAGACAGUACUUCAAGGAAUACGUCAAGCCAGUGUUGGUCGCCGCGGCCAUGGACUACGAUGUGAUUGAAGGACGCAAGGAAGGCGACGUACGUUACGGAACGGCAGAGCAAAUCAGGAGGCUACGGCGGAAGAAUGGCGAAAAGGGACCUGCAGCGAAGGAAGAGGAAGAAAUGGACACCGAGACAGCCAUUAGGUUGAUCCGAGAGAAGAUGGGCGUCAUCCCCGAGCCUGUGACCCGUGGUGAUCUGGUCCUUGGUCGACAUACGUGGAAGGAAUACAUAAGAGGUCUGCAUGAAGGCUGGCUAGGUCCUGUCGAAGAACCUGUUCCUCCGCCACAGGCAGAACCAGAUUUAUCGCCCAUUCAUGUUUCCACCGGAGCUCCAAGCGACGAUUCGUCAACACCAUCCACAACCACAGCCGAGAACUCAGAAUCCGAGAAGAAAGUCGAGGAAGAGAAGGAGAAGGAGAAAGAGAAGAAGAAACCAUCACCGCCUCUUGCAUACAUCUCGACCGAUCAAUAUUCACAAGCUUCUCCGUCUCCAAACACACCCAGCGCCUUUGAACCGUCCCAGCCCAUCCACCAACAGCAUCUGCUGGGUUUCCUGAAGACGCCUCAGCGGAUCUACAAUUUCCUCAACCGACGACAUUUGGCCGAUCAGAUCGGUCGCGACACGGCAGCCAUCGUGCUGGCCAACUACAGACCGUAUCAGCAAAGCUCGCCGUUUUCCUCGUCAUCAACAAACACCGCCGAAGACAUUGAUGCAGUUCCAGUGGCGACAAGAGCACCUGAACUUGACGCUGCUGCCACCACCACUGGUACAUCAAGUCAAGCUUGGGAGCAGCAAAGCCUUCUUGAUUCGGAAGAAAAGUAUUGGCACAAAUCCAUUCGCAAGCCGCGGAAAGACGGCGACGAGUCGGAACAGAUAUGGACAAAGGACAUUGUCAUUGACAGCAGGAUCGGCGACCGCAUGAGAAGAUUCGAUUUAUCAGCCGAGGAAGAAGACAGAGCCAACCGAAUUGGCAGUGGCGUUGAAUCGACUCGAGCCGUCCCCGUGCAGGAUCUUCGAAAGGAAAAGGUCAAGCUUGACGAUGUUUGAACUGGUUGAGUUAUGCUUUGCUUUCUCCCGAGAUGGGGGCCAGGCAAGCUCGCAUUACUGGCGUGCUUUUGUGUCUACGUCUUCUUUCGGGGCAUGAAUGUUUCUUCUUCAUCAUCUGGCUGUCAUUAGCUACGACGCAGAUUGAUCUUCUUGUUUCAAUACCCUACUCUACGCACACCUCACGUAGCUGGCCCACUCACGCCCUUUUUGUAACAAUAAUGCGAAUAUCCAAUGAG